AUGUCUGUAUCUAGUGGACGUGAUCCAAAGGGUUACUAUCAACAGAGUCUCAACAGUAAGGAUCAUACAUUUAGGAAAUAUGGUCGUUCACUGCUCAAUCCAAAAUUCAGUUCUUCAAUAAAAACAGAGAAACAUUGGAACCAAAUCAGUCUACACUCUAAAAAGGAACCACGAAUUACGCUACCGGUGAAACCGACGGGAUAUAAAAGUUCAAUACUUAUACAGAGGAAAAAACCAAGGAAUAUUGCCGUUAAAAGUGAUGUCAAGGAAAAGCAUAAUCAGGUUUCAAAUGUGAAAAACUGUCAAGCUCCUCCAAAAUUAACAGACAGUUCUCCCCAUAAUGCUAACAAAGAGGAUGGAAACGCUCCACCGAAUACAUUUCAAGUUGUUCAUAAGUCACUUAAAAGUGCUAAAGCUAAUAUAUCAGGUAAUCUCGAAGAAAUCUUCUCGAAAUUGGGUUUAGAACAAUGGAUAAAAGAGUACGAAAAUGCCCAUGAUGAAAGUGUGAAUGAAAACUCAUCCAAAGAUCAACAUAUCAUUAGUAGUUGUUCAAAACAAAUAACUUCAAAUUUAACCCACUCAAACCAGAAUGAAUGCCUAUUGAAAAAACGAUUAAGGAAAGAAUCAUAUGAAGAGGAUCAUUUACAGGGGCAAUUGGUAAGUCCAAACACUAUCGAAAAUCAAUCAAAAUCUUGUCCAUCGGAUUCAGAAAAACAAAGCAAAGACAAAAAGACUCAGUUUUCGUUGCAAGAUAAACUAAAUACACCAUUACUACCAACCUCCAAUGACAAGAUACAUCAUACGAGUUUGGACUUAUUAUCUCUUGAAGUAUUUGAUCGGCUACAAGGAAAUUGCUCAACAAAUUCCAAAUCCCCUAGUUUGGUAAGUAAUAAAGGAUUUAGCCAAAUAGGCAUACACGGCAGACCGACAGUGCUUAAAAACAAUCAUCAUGAAUACCCAAUAAGGUCAUGUUACCCAAGAAGUUCAUCUAAUUGCAGUAAAUGUCUUAAUGAGCUCCCAACGGUUGAAAAACAAAAUCGUGACGCUGUUUUGAAACAAAACAUUAUAAGGUGUGAUGACAUAAAUUUCGGUCUCAUAGGCAGAAAUGAAUAUGAAGUUGGACCUGAAAGCCAGAAAAUACAUCGCUGGUUAGAUGAAAAUACAUACUUAAUGAGUGGUUUGUGCCAACCCGCGUUAACAGAUACUUGUAACAAAAAAAGGAAACAUACAACUCCACACAAGUCUGAUGUAAAAUAUGUCAAUCAACAAGAAAAUACAAAACAUAUGGAUUCUGCUUUGAACAUCGUCUCUCCGCCUAUGCACCCAAUCUGGGAUACACCCGAAGAUCUUCGAACAUCAUCACUUACUGACUUUCUUCGCUUAUAA